UCCCUAGAAAAAGCAUUGCACCUGACAAUUUGGAAGCUUGCGAAUAACACAUCAUUUUGAGAAAUUAGUGACAGAUUUAAUGUAGGAAUGGGCGCUACGUAUAGAACUUUUAUUAAAUCGCUCAAACUUAUAUGUCGCUUAAAAUCGACCUUAAUAAAAUUUCCAAGUACUACUGCAGCUCAACAAAAGAUCGCGGAUGGUUUUUCACAAAGUCGUUACAACAUAUUUCCUUUCGUGUUAGGUUGUAUCGAUGGGACACACAUCCCUAUAUCACAGCCGAAACACGAUGCCAUUAGUUUCUAUAACAGAAAAGUAAUGUUUUCCAUCAUUGCACAGGCCGUUGUUGACAGCGAGAUGAAAUUUUUGGACGUCUUUGUCGGUUGUCCCGGGCGAUGUCAUGACGCUUCAGUAUGGCAAGAAACCCACUUCGAACAGCUAUAAUUAACGGCGAAAUAAGUAUUCCCCCCAAGUCAUAAUUUCUUAGGCGACGCAGCCUAUCCACUGGAAACCUUUCUAAUGGUUCCGUACCGUGACAAUGGCUUUUUAACACCGCAACAGAGUAAGUUCAACACUAUUUUAAGCUCCAAUAGAGUUUUUGUUGAACAGGCGUUCGGAAUAUUAAAACAAAAAUUUAGAAUAUAGAAAUUUAUUGGUGCACAACUCGCCCAUGUUCCAAAAACAAUCAUUUUGGCGUGUAUGAUUCUACACAAUCUGAUUAUCUUUAAUGAAAAACAGCAUAACACCCAUUUCAUCGAACUGGAGGAAGAGGAGUCAGAAGUUGGCGUUAGCGUUCCAUCGCUGGCAAGAGAUGAAGCAAAAGAGAAACGAAAUGGCUUGGCAGCGUUGUUUUCAGGCUGAAAUGGUAAAUUAUAUUUCUUAAAUGAGACAAAAUUUGUUAAACACAAAAAAAAACAAAAAUUUUUAUUGACUUCAGGUCUCUGGUAGC